GAUGGCAGGACAAUAUGUACUUAACGUCGUAGGCUACGUGUGUUGCUAACCGUAGACAUUGUGUCAAUGUAUCUGUUUUGUUCCUCAGUAUUUACAUCAGUAAUAAACCUUUCAUUUAUUCGUUAACAUUUAUAAGUAAAGUAACCAUGCAAUAUUACCGCGUGGAUGUUUUCAGGAAACUUCUAUGUAAUAAUGCCACACCAAAUAUUAUACAAGUGGCAGGAGUCAACUAUUUUGCACCACCACCGAAGUACGAUCAUGUUGAGUUUCCAGAAAGAUCUAAACUCAGAUAUAUGGAUAAAGUGCCACUGAUACACGGAAACAUGCGACCUCCAAAGAUGACUAAGAGCCUGAAGUUUAUGCGUGGACCAGAAACGGUUCACAAUUUUCUUCUUCAUCAGCAGUUUGGGAUUAUUGCAUUAAGUGGAGGUCGUAUGAAAUGGGGUCAUUUUGAAAUGGUUCGCCUAGGAGUUUUACGAAAGAUGGAUCAAAAUCGAAUGUUUGCUGUAUGGAGAAUUGAUGCACCAUGGCAACCAAUUACAAAAAAGGGCCUGGGUCAGCGUAUGGGUGGUGGCAAGGGACCUAUUGACCACUAUGUAACACCUGUCAAAGCAGGAAGAGUCAUUAUAGAAAUGGGAGGAAAGUGUGAAUUUGUAGAAGUACAACCCAUCCUAGAGUUGGUGGCUCAUAAAUUACCAUUUGCAGCCAAGGUAGUGAGUCAGCAGAUGAUGCAAGAAAUGGCCGAAGAGGAAGAGAGAUCAGAAAAGGAGAAUUUAAAUCAUUAUACAUUUAAAUAUGUUAUACAGAACAAUUUAGGGGGAUGUCACAAUUGGAUAUCACCCUAUGACAAAAAAUGGUUUGGAAAAUAUUUAUAAUUACUUUGAUCAGUGAUUUGUUUGUAUUUAAUGUGAGCUGAUGGACCUUGAUGCAAUUAUUCAUAUCUAAUGUCAGACUGAAUACAUCGCUACAGAUUGCUAAAAAUCUUUCUUGUUAUUUAACUAAUAAUUUUUGUAUAUUCUGUUAUUCUUAUAUCAACUGAUGCAUGAAGCUCUUGAUUCUUCUUGAUAAAGUAUUUACAGACACAUGGAAGGUUUUUAAUUUAGUUUUAUAUCAAUUUGUAAUACUUUGAAGUCAUCCUUUAAAAAGGAACAUAAUAUAGUGACACUUUAUAAA